AUGUCCCAGAAAUCCUUGCAGUCCUUUGGCGCGUACUUGAAAGACCAGUGCCCCGGCGAUUCCACGCCAAAUUUCCUGCAAUCUCUACCUCUCCAGAUUCUCCUUCGAUUUGAAUUCUAUCUUGCCUCUUGUAUACCCGUCCCCUUCGAAGAUCUGGGUGACCAAGUCCGCAAGCAUUCUACAUCCGUCAAACAAAAGUUGGCGGCCCUCAGAGCCCUGGAGCCGUAUUGCGAACUAGGACCGUUGGAAACCAUUACUUCAUUGUCAUCAAGGAUGUUCGUCGAGUGCGGCGAGAGAGUACCGAGGACAGGCCAGGAAGCGAAGAAGCUCGGCGAACGAUUGGUUCGCGACUUGAUGUUUAUUCUAAAGAGCUACCUCAAUAUACUGAGCGAUGGAAGGCUUUCCGAGGCUAUCGCAAAGCAUCAGCUUUCGCUUCUUGCUUCCGACAGCGGACCCAGCGGGACAACGGCCGUUGAGACACCGGAAGAUAUCGUACUUUUGGACCUCUCCAUAUCACGCAAGAAGGCUUCUAUGACGCUUGACACGAUCGACAGGUUUGGCCCUGUGAGGAUCACGGUAUCUACUCGCUUUAUCGACAACAUGCGAACCAGUCGAAGGCGGCCGCGGCUGUUUGCCAAAAUCAAGAGCACCGUGAUGGAUUUGGCUCAAGGAGAGAUGCAGGGCCAGAAUGGGAUGAUACUAGCGAGAUCAGACGAGGGGAAUGAAAUAUACAGCGCAUUCCUCAAUAAGUAUUGUUCAAUGGUGUACUAUUGUCCAGAGGCGGACGAAAUCCGGAUAUUUGGUAUCUAUACGACUGGUCACCUGGAGAAUCAGAAGUUCUGGGCCGCCGCAGCGAAGGAAUUAUUAGUUCUGCAACAUUCAGGUGAGACAAGCGGUUCGCUGGCUGUGAAGUCUCCGGCGAUCGAGCCCGAGCUUGCUGAUCAGAUUCGCUUCCUCGUCGUCCUUGACCGUUUCAUUGAGCUUUCGAAGCCAAUCAUGCAACGAAUCCAGGACGACAAAGAGAUACAAGCAAUGUUCGAACUAUCCCCCCAGGAAGAAGAAGUCAUCGAACACGAAGGCUCCUGCUACGUCUUGGGCCGCAGCGGGACUGGCAAGACGACGAUCAUGCUAUUCAAGAUGAUUAACGUGGAACUAGCUUGGUAUCAAUAUGGUGGCGACGUGGCUCUGAAGCCUCGUCAACUAUUCGUGACCCGGUCGCAGCAUCUUGCGGACCGAGUCAGAGAAUCGUUCUCAAGACUUCACGAGACUCACGUCCUAGGUGCUAGGUCUACAGGCCCAGCUCACUCGACUUCUUCCAUAGGCACGGAUCGGAUGUCGCCGGCUUGGACCUCUGAGAUUCCGGAUAGCUUCGAUGAGUUGAAAGUGGAACAUUUUCCUUUGUUUAUCUCCUACGACAAGCUCUGUACCAUGCUGGAGACGGCCUUGGGACUUGCAACAUACUCCAGUAGCUCUCGCACAGGCUUCUUGGCACUUAACGCGACCCCGCUUACCUACGAAAUAUUCCUCAAGCAAUACUGGGAAGUAUAUCCCAAGGACCCAAGGCUAAAUUUUGACCCUUUUCUGGUUUAUGGCGAGAUUAUUGGCGUGAUUAAAGGAUCAGAAGAGACACUGGCGUCCGGGCGACGCUUCUUAGAAAGAGCGGCGUAUUUAGGACUCGGACGCGGAUAUAGCACAUUUGAGGGUCAUCGAGAAGAGCUGUAUCUUAUCUUCCAGUGGUACAGCAGGAGGCAAGGACAGCUCAAGCAUGUAGACAUCGCAGACAGGACUCAUGCUAUCCUCGAAGCUUUGCGUGAGCAGAAGCCGUCAUUCUUGAGAAGCCUUGAUUUUGUAUACGUCGACGAGGCGCAGGACAACCUUCUGAUUGAUGCUCUUGUGAUGAGAUUAUUGUCCAAAAAUUCGGACGGCUUCCUCUGGGCAGGAGAUACGGCGCAGACAAUCUUCGCUGGGAAUUCGUUCACUUUCAGCACACUCAAAUCGUUUUUGUAUCGGGUAGAGGAGAAAGAGCCGGUAGUGUACCGAGCGCGACACAAGCCUGCGUUCUUCAAACUUACGACAAACUUCCGAUCAUGCGGCGGAAUUGUUGCUUGCGGUCAGACCAUUCUGGACAUCAUCGCGUCCUUCUGGCCCUCCACGCUUGACCAAAUUCCAAAGGAAGUUAAUCUCUCCUGCGGAACUCGCCCGUACUUCUUUAGCGGUGAGGAGGGAAGUCAGAUUCAACUAAGAGAGCUGCUGUCGGACUCAAACAAGCAACUUGAGUUCGGCGCUCAACAAUGCAUCUUGGUGCGAAAUGACGAUGUUCGCGACUCUCUUCGCCCUCAUCUCGGAGAUUCUACGUUGCUGUUGACGCUUUACGAAAGUAAAGGUCUCGAAUUUAACGACGUUCUACUCUGGAACUUCUUCGAGGAUUCCAGCUAUGACAGAUCCGAUUGGGUGACUAUAACGAGGGACGGACUUCCUCCUCGUGGUCUAAGAGGCCCUCCAAAAGGACUUACUAUCGAGCUGAAAUUCUUGUACGUCGCUACCACACGCGCAAAGAAUCGUCUAUGGAUCCUCGAUAACUCCGCGCAAGCAAAGGUUAUUCAGAACAUGUGGGCGGCCCAGGGCGAGAUCGAGAUGGGUACGGACAACCUUGAUCUAUCUCGGUUCGCCGCUGCUUCGGGACCGGAGGAGUGGGCCCGGAAGGGUCGCGACUUCUUCAGAGAAGCACGGUACAAGCUUGCGGCCCAAGCCUGGCGCGUGGCGGGGCUUCAUCAUGACGCGGCAGUCGCGAACGCGUUCUACCUCCGGGAUCAAGUUGAGGUCACAUCGAUGACUGGCUCACAACGUGCAAAGGCCCUCCGGGGAGCUGCAGAUGCUUUCUUGCUGGUAGCUGCUGAAGAGCCCGUCAAGCCGCGGCAGGACGAGUACUACGUUGAAGGCGCAGGGUGUCUUCUGCGAAUCCCCGAUACUCCCAAAGCUGCCUUCACCUACUUGCAAGGCUGCGAAUACACUCGUGCCGUACGGCUAUUCCGAAGUGUCGCCAUGUUUGACGAAGCUGUGAAAGUCAUUCGUCAGCAUUGUGUGGAUUCAACGGCAGUGGUACAGGUGAUCUACGUCGCAAAGCUGUACUACUUCCAGCAACUUCGUUUGAUAGAUGCGAUUGCGCUGCACUCAUCUCAUCAAGAGGCCUUAGACUUUCUUGAUGACCAUGGCCUACGCCAAACGAAAGGAAAGGUUGUCGUCCAUCUCAGCCUCCAUACGCAAGCAGCGGAGCUCCACCUUAGAGCGAACCGCCUCAUAGAGUGUCUCAAACAUUACCGCAUUGCGAAGGAAAGUGCAUCUGCUCCUCUCUGUUUCGACACGGACGUUCUUCUGGGAUGCCUCUGGCGAGAGCCUGCUUUCUCCAUUAUGCUCAGGGCGAAGCAUGCGGCAGACACACAAGCCUCGGAAAGGCUGUCCAGUCUGUGGGAGCUCGUCAAGCUGUGGAGUGCGGCGCAAGGAGUCGAUGAACCUUCUUGCGUCCAAGACGAGAUCUCAAUGUUCAAGGCUAUUUCGUGCGGCAAUGCAAAUUUGCUCGAGCAUCACAGCAACUCGUUCAUAACGUCUAGCAAUCGCAAUCGCGCUGCCGCUCUACUUUGCCUCAGACAUGCCCUUCACCUCGCUCCAGUCCCUGACAAAGACUCAAGCGCAGUUGAGGUCUGGGGCUGGCUUCGCCUGAACUCUAAAUUUGUCUCUAUCAUUCGCUCCAUCUUGCUCGAUCCCGGGUAUUUAGAGCAUCGCGAUAUUAGACGAUUGGCCGGAUUCCGCUCGGUAUCUCCAAGAGAAGUCCGUCUGGUACCCCAAAGUCUGGCUUUGAGUCUCAUAUCUCAAGCGAGACACGUACCGUUGGCUCGAGACGGUCCUCAAGUCAUCAAAAAAGCAGACCUCUUCCCAGCAAUUGCGGGAUACCUUCGCGAACUACUUCUCAGUGCCGUAGACAAGGUCAGGACAGCAUGUCAGAACAUGCUGUCGUUACACGAUAUUGGCGGGGGAGACAAGCCCGAAAGACCCACCGGCUUACGUCUCGUGCUUCAGUCGAUUCUCGUUGAGGAUUCUCUUCGCGGCUUUGAACCUGUGGAACGUCAGACGGCGCGUGAAAGUUCAUGGCUUGAGACCCUAUACAAUGUCUUCAUUCGCAACAGUCCGGCACCUAUCCCUUCUGCCAUGAAGGCAAUACGAGAAGCACCCGAAGGCCAGAUCUGCAUCCAGAUCUUCACUGGUUGGAUCCGCAACGUGCUCAAGGAUAUUCAGCGGAUAGAGGGCGAGCAAAAACUCACGGUUCUUGUACAGCUUGCGACUUUGAGCACAAUUCUGGACCCCGAGGGUAUUGUCGCUCAUAUGGGUCGGGUUCGAUUAAUGGGCCUCAACGCCCCGUCCGGGUGGCUGCUCGUGUACCCACCGCAUGCGCGAUUACGUGACAAAACUGCACAGUUCGUUCUCAACGAUCUUCUGGACGCAACAGAGGGCAUUCAGCCUUGGUCUCUGCACAGUGGCGUCCAAUUCUUGAGGCAUUUCGUCAAGACAAAAAUCGUGAUUGAUGCGAAUACCUUGUGCGACUUUAUCGAUUACCUCCUUGGCAGAUUCGCGGUGGCUCUGUGUGGGGCUCAGGGCGAAAUGGCUGUCCCAAGUAACGGUGCACUGCUCGUGUUGCAGAAUCUCGAUCGUUUGACAGAUCAAGAAACUGACUCGAUCUCGGCGCUUUUGGACGUUCUCGGCGAUAUAAUGCGACGAGUGUUAAUGCCCAAGCAGAACGUGACAAUACGCUCCGGGGCCGAGCCUUUGAAGAAACAUCAGCAGUAUGGAAUCAUAAUUAGAAUCUGCCAGAGCAUGGGCAUACUGGGCUCGACUGUCGAUAGCCACAGUCUUCGUCAAGAGAUUGUCGCUACCAUGGCACGGCUCAGGUCACGCGACAUAAGAAUCGACUAUCCGCCGGCCCUGAGGUUUGCUUUGGCCGAGGGCUGGAGCCAAGUCGCGUCGGAGAUUUCCAGUGUGCCUAUUGGCCGCCUAAUUCCCAACGUCCUCGAUAGUGGCGAAGUACACUACACGCUGACCUUUGGACGUCUGUCGCAGCGGUAUAAGCAAAAGCAAAAAGACGCGGACGCAUCCAUAAGAAACGCGAAGGACGAUGGGGUGCCAUUCGUCGAGGUCACCACUCCCGCCACUAUCGAAUUUGCAACGCUUUGUGCCAUCGACGAGCGCUUUGUCUUCCUUGAACCGCUAGUCAGGAGGAUCUUGUGUGCGCGUCUGGCCGAUGUAAUGGCCUGCGAGCUUCCCGGCUACGACGAAGUCCGGGCUUUCCAGCGAAUAAAGUCGUUUCUCCGUCCCCGGCUGGUUCGCAAGAGGAAACUUCCUCGAUAUGGACUGUGUCACCUUGCGUCAGACCAUUUUGAGGCAUGCUUCAAACGUUCGCACGAGCUGCAGCUUUUACGCACCGAGCGCCACCUAUUUUUGGGACCUCUUCCGCAUGUUUUGGCGUGCCUCGAUGGCCUACGCAUGCACUUCGAGGUGGAGAAAGACUGUCUCAGCAAGAAGCUGCAAAACGCUGCGCACAUCGACCUGGACGACGCCGGAGCGAAUGUCAUGCAGGCGCAUGCUCGCCUUGCAAAGACACUCGAGCUGCAACAGCUGCUGUCGCCACGAUCCAGCCUCUACUUACGCACGGGAUGGCCUGCCUCAUUCCGUUUACAUGUCGAACAGGUUGGCAGUCUAGUGAAGGAAGCGAAGCUCGAGGAGCUUGUCCGCCAAGAUCUCAUGGCAGAAUGGGAUCUGGUACACAAGGCUGUAUUGUACACCGGCAGAAAGACUUGGAUACGCUAAGGUAGAACCAUUGUUUCGCACCAUCUUACUCUUGAACUGUCUGUAUUGCCCAUCUUAGCUUUUC